UUUGUUUUUCAUAUUUGAAAAAAUGAGAAAAACUAGAAAAAAUAAUAUUCCAUGUAGACUAAUCUUUUCAUGCAUCCACCAAUUUUCUCCAUUAAGAUAAAAAUUUAUACUCUCUGCCACCAAACUCCUCUAUAUAAGUUCCUUGGGGAGUUGCAGACAUGUCUCACUUCUCACCUUAUUCAAUCAAAGGAGCUAUGGACAUCUUCUCCAUGAAGCUCUUCUUCUUCCUCUUUGCUCUCUUCUUUGGCUAUGGAGUUUUUGAGCUUGAAGCUUCCCAUCAUAUUUACCAUACAUUUCAAAAUCUUCAAGAAUCUGCGGUUUCUGCAUCAAGUCAGCCUUACAGAACUAGUUACCACUUUCAACCUCCCAAGAACUGGAUGAAUGAUCCAAAUGGACCAAUGAUUUACAAGGGACUAUACCAUCUGUUCUACCAAUACAAUCCCAAAGGAGCUGUGUGGGGCAACAUUGUAUGGGGCCACUCAACUUCAAAAGAUCUUGUCAAUUGGACCCCACAUAAGGUAGCCAUCUAUCCAUCUCAGCCAUCAGAUAUCAAUGGCACUUGGUCUGGUUCAGCCACAAUCCUCCCAGAUGGCAAACCAGCCAUUCUUUACACAGGAAUCAACCCACUAAAUCAACAAGUUCAAAACUUGGCCAUACCCAAAAACCCAUCAGACCCAUAUCUCAUUGAAUGGGUGAAAUCACCCAACAAUCCAUUAAUGGCACCCACCCCUGAGAACCAAAUCAAUGCAAGCUCAUUCAGAGACCCAACCACCGCCUGGCGCGGCGUUGAUGGAAGAUGGAAGGUGAUCGUUGGAAGCAAAAUUAACCGUAAGGGAUUAGCAUAUCUUUACAGAAGUAAAGAUUUUGUCUAUUGGAUUAAAGCCAAACAUCCUUUGCAUUCUGCUAAGAACACUGGUAUGUGGGAAUGUGUGGAUUUUUUUCCAGUAUCAGCUAAUAGCCCAGUCGGGGUUGAAAUGUCAGUACUGGGAUCAGAUUUUAAGUAUGUGCUUAAGGCGAGUUUGGAUGAUACUAAGCAUGAUUGUUACACGAUUGGAGAAUAUGAUCAUGUGAAAGAUAGAUAUACACCAGAUGAAGGAUCUGUGGAAGGUGAUUCCGGUUUAAGAUAUGAUUAUGGCAAAUUUUAUGCUUCAAAAACUUUCUUCGACAGUGCUAAGAACAGAAGGCUCUUGUGGGGUUGGCUCAAUGAAUCUUCAAGUGUUAGCGAUGAUAUCAAGAAGGGUUGGGCUGGGAUUCAGGCAAUUCCAAGAGUUGUCUGGCUUGACAAAUCAGGAAAGCAACUGGUGCAAUGGCCAAUCCAGGAAAUUGAAAAGCUUCGUGUGAAUCCAGUCCACUUGCCUAGCCAAUACCUUAAGGGAGGAUCUGUGGUUGAAGUCCCUGGUGUCACAGCAUCACAGGCAGAUGUGGAGAUUACAUUUAAGGUAUCAGAUUUUAGCAAAGCAGAAGUGCUGGACCCAAGUUGGACCAACCCACAAUUGCUAUGUAGCCGAAAGGGUGGCUCAGUUAGAGGCAGUUUAGGUCCAUUUGGGUUGCUAGUUUUGGCUUCAAAAGGCAUGCAAGAGUACACAUCUGUUUUCUUUAGAAUAUUCAAAGGCCAGAACAAACAUGUGGUCCUUAUGUGCAGUGACCAAAGCAGGUCGUCGCUAAAUCCAGAUAAUGAUAAGACCAUGUAUGGGGCUUUUGUGGAUGUGGAUCCUGUCCAUGAGCAAUUGUCAUUAAGAAGCUUGAUUGAUCAUUCAGUAGUGGAGAGCUUUGGUGGACAUGGAAAGAACUGUAUAUCAGCAAGAGUCUAUCCCAUGCUGGCCAUAAAUGAGGCUGCCCACUUAUAUGCUUUCAAUAAUGGAAGUGAAGCUGUAACUAUCACAAGAUUGAGUGCUUGGAGCAUGAAGAAGGCUCACAUCAACUGAAAAUCUUAAACUAAGAAUUUGGAAAUGGAAAUUAGAACUACAGGACCAUGGACUGAGAUACAGAUAGUCAGUCAUAGGAUUUAUAACCAGAGAACUAUAAUUACACAAUUUGAUUCUUGUUUACUACUGUACCUUUCUAAUUCUUGUUUUUCUCGAUAAUUGUUAUUUCCUCAAGAUGAAAUAAAAGAAGCCAGUGCAUUUGCUUUUGU